AGACGCGCAGCCCGGAGGAGUUGAUCGAGACCCCGCACAGCUGCGCUCCACUUGACACGUCAGAGGUCAUGCAUCGCAGACACACCACUCUGCGAGAGAAGGGCCGUCGGCAGGCCAUCCGAGGCCCCGCCUACAUGUUCAACGAACGCGGCACCAGCCUCACGGCAGAGGAGGAACGUUUCCUCGAUGCAGCGGAGUACGGCAACAUUCCCGUUGUCCGCAAGAUGCUGGACGAGUCCAAAACGCUUAACUUCAACUGCGUGGACUACAUGGGGCAAAACGCGCUGCAGUUAGCAGUCGGCAACGAGCACCUGGAGGUCACGGAGCUUUUGCUGAAGAAAGACGGGAUGGCGCGCAUUGGCGAUGCACUUCUUUUGGCAAUCAGCAAAGGUUACGUGCGAAUCGUAGAGGCCAUUUUGGCUCAUCCGCCGUUUGCGGGUGGCUUGAGACUGACUUUGAGCCCGCUGGAGCAGGAACUGAGGGACGACGACUUCUACGCCUAUGACGAGGACGGGACGCGUUUUUCGCACGACGUGACGCCGGUGAUUCUGGCCGCGCACUGUCAGGAGUACGAGAUCGUACACAUCCUGCUGAUAAAGGGCGCCAGGAUCGAGCGGCCGCACGACUACUUCUGCAAGUGCUGCGAGUGCACAGAGAAACAGAAACGCGACUCGUUCAGUCACUCCAGAUCGCGCAUGAACGCGUACAAAGGGCUCGCUAGCGCCGCCUACCUGUCGCUGUCCAGCGAAGAUCCCGUACUGACGGCACUAGAGCUCAGCAAUGAACUUGCACGACUCGCCAACAUAGAGACGGAGUUUAAGAAUGACUACAGGAAGUUGUCUAUGCAGUGUAAGGACUUUGUGGUAGGUGUUCUGGAUCUCUGUCGUGACACAGAGGAAGUGGAGGCCAUUCUGAACGGUGAUGUGGACCAGAACCCGCCCGCAGAACACCAGAGACCCUGUCUGAGCCGCAUCAAACUCGCCAUCAAAUAUGAAGUUAAAAAGUUUGUGGCUCAUCCGAACUGCCAGCAGCAGCUGCUGACGAUCUGGUAUGAGAAUCUGUCGGGUUUGCGGCAGCAGUCCAUCGGGGUGAAGUGUUUGACGGUUCUGGGCGUCACUGUUGGAUUGCCUUUCCUCGCCAUCGCCUACUGGAUCAUGCCCUGCAGCAAGUUGGGUCAGAUAUUACGGAGUCCCUUUAUGAAGUUUGUCGCUCACGCCGUGUCGUUCACCAUCUUUCUGGGUCUGCUGGUUCUGAACGCGUCGGAUCGAUUCGAGGGUGUGAAGAAUCUCCCCAAUGAGACCAUAACAGACCAUCCCCGGCAGGUGUUCCGCGUCAAGACCACACAGUUCUCCUGGACCGAGCUCCUCAUCAUGAAAUGGGUUCUGGGCAUGAUCUGGUCGGAGUGUAAGGAGAUCUGGACUGACGGGCCGCGUGAGUACGUGAUGCACCUGUGGAACGUUCUGGAUUUUGGGAUGCUGUCGAUCUUUGUGGCCUCCUUCACCGCUCGUUUCAUGGCGUUCCUCAAGGCGUCUAAAGCUCAGCUCUACGUCGACCUGCACGUCCCCAACCAUGACAUCAGCAACGCAUCACUUCCUGCUGACAUUGCCUACUUCACAUAUGGUACACCAAGCCAAGGCACUAAAACAAAUGUCCAAGCUUGCCUGUUCGGCAACAUUGUCGAGGACUUUGCCCAGCAGUUCUCGGUAGUAAAGAAGCAGGCCAUUCAGCACAUCUUGCCUCGACGUGAUCCUCCGGCUCCCACCGUUCCGUCGUGGGCCGUGCCGCAGCCUGGAAAGGAGCAGACCCAUCCCAGUAUCUCUGCCACGAGCAGAGGACCGCCAGCUAGUGCUCUGGAAGAUCUGAGGGUUACAGUAAGAGCCUCUCCGCCAGCCUACGCCCCACGGUCCUCUCACUUCUCCCGCAGUGCUUGUCCUGUGCGGCUUCCGGAUGAUUCCACUGGUCUUUCUCACGGCGAUCCCAGUGUACACCAAGCCAAGGCACUAAAACAAAUGUCCAAGUUAGUGGUCCAAGAGAGGCAUCUCUGUCUCAACCUGGACGAGAGAAGAGACGUUGACAAAGUGUGCUUUCUUGAUGCUCCCAUGUCCCAGGAUUGCCUGUUCGGCAACAUUGUCGAGGACUUUGCCCAGCAGUUCUCGGUAGUAAAGAAGCAGGCCAUUCAGCACAUCUUGCCUCGACGUGAUCCUCCGGUUCCCACCGUUCCAUCGUGGGCCGUGCCUCAGCCUGCUCAUUGCCGUGGGCGCCCUCCUGCGUCCUCCACAGCUCCUCCGUCCCGUGCUGUGACAACAUCACGGCAGCUAAGUCCUCAAGGAAGACGACGAAGCGGCCCUGACACGGGCAACCCGGAGAUGUGGGAGACUGCUCUUCAGGAGGUGGCGAUGACAACACCACUCCUUCCCCCAGAGGAGGGCCGGGCGGAGAAUCUUUUGUUUUCUUUUCUUUCUGUUCCGCCACUGGCUCAACAGCCAGGUAACCACAUUCUCAAAGAAAGACCCGCUCUGUCAGUCUCUUCUGGCAGUUGUUCCAUCCCUACUCUCAGGGUUGAGGAGAGCUUUAAGACUCUGUUCUGGUCUAUAUUCGGUCUGUCGGAGGUGAUUUCUGUGGUUCUGAAGUAUGAUCACAAGUUCAUCGAGAACAUUGGUUACGUUUUAUACGGGGUUUAUAACGUUACAUUACACAUUACUUUGAAAUCAGGAUUUGUGAGUUGAUAAAUCUCUCGAUCUCUGCAGGAAGACGCUGAUGUGGAGUGGAAGUUUGCUCGUGCUAAACUCUGGUUGUCAUAUUUCGAUGAGGGAAGGACGCUGCCUGCCCCGUUUAACCUGGUGCCCACUCCAAAAUCCUUCUACUACCUGAUCAUCCGGAUCAAGUCCUGCCUUAUACGAAUGUGUAAGGGCAAAGGUCAUCGGCAUGACAACGAGCUGGAGAUGGGAAUGCUCAAUUCACGGCCGAAGACUGAUCGUCAUCGAGCAAAUCUCAGGAGCCGAGAGGAGAACACCAUCAAGAAACCCAUCAAAAACCCCACAAGAUAUCAGAAGAUAAUGAAGCGCUUGAUUAAGCGCUAUGUUUUGAAGGCUCAGGUUGACAGAGAGAAUGAUGAAGUCAAUGAAGGUGAACUGAAGGAAAUAAAACAGGACAUCUCCAGUCUGCGCUACGAACUUCUGGAAGAGAAAUCUCAGGCCACUGGAGAACUGGCUGACCUCAUUCAACAACUCAGCGACAAGUUCGGCAGGAACGCCAAGAAACAACCUUGAGACAGACAGACAGACCGAGAGAGAGAGAGAGAGACGGUAGUUUAGGAGCAGUAUCUGGACACUUAAGACUCUUAAAAAAUGUCUGAAUGUCAUUCAUUAGAUACAAAAUGCAUACAAAAGAUGCACAUGUACACUUUACAAGCAAAACAGCUGACA